AUGUCCCGACCUUCAACUAUCGAAAUUCAAUCCAUUCGUGAUGGUAAAGCUUCAAUAGAACACCAAAUAGAUAUUCAUGUAAAUGAUCUUUUUGGUGUUAAAGAAAGUCGUCAAUUAUUAUCUCUUGAAAAUGUGUUGGCCGGAUUACAAUAUGUUAUGAACUAUCACCUUAAAGGCGGUAGACUUCCAAACUUAGAUUUCGAAAUAAUGAAGCGUUUAUGUGAAGGAUUAUUAUUAAACAUGUCCUAUAUGGAGGGUGGACUAUUAAAGCGAAAGAUGACUCCGGAGGCUAAUCGAGCUUUCAUCCUCUUUGGAGAAUUCAUGGAAGAAGUGGAAGAAUUUCGUCAAGCUGUUCGUGAAAAAAGUGUUUCUGAUCUUUAUCACGCUUUUAAACUACAUCGUCGUUGUAAAGAUGUUGAUCCAACAGUCAAACAAUCUGUAGUUGCCAUAAUAUAUAUGCUAACAAAUUGGUUUCCUCAGUUUUCGGAUUGGCGUGAAUUGGUAAAAGAUGAUGAACAAGGUGAUGUUGAAAAAUUAAUCAGAGAGUUCACGGAUGUAAUUAAGAAACCUAGAAUGCCAUCACUUCAGGGUGUUGCAUUACCCCCUCCAUCCUUAUAUUUUGAUCGUGAUGUGACCCGAGUAUUGAAAAUGUUUCGUACUUCAUUAACGGAUGGCUUACCCUCAACCGAAAUACCAAUACUACUGAAGCACUAUGGAUCUAAUCAAUUACCUAAACCACCAAAAACUUCCAUCCUUAGUAUGAUACUUAAUCAAUUAAAAGAUUUUAUGGUACUAAUAUUGAUAGCUGCUGCAAUUGUUACUGCGGCAUUAGGUGAUUUUAAGGACAUGGGUAUCUUGUUGUUUGUUAUCGUUCUUAAUACUAUAAUCGGAUUUACACAAGAAUAUAAAGCAACAAAAGCUUUAGAAGCUUUACAAAAACUAUCUGUUCCAAAAGCUCAAGUAGUACGUGAUGGUCAACAAAUGAUUAUUGAUUCCUCACAACUUGUUCCAGGUGAUAUAGUUAUUCUUGAAGAAGGUGAUGCAGUUCCUGCUGAUGUACGUAUUGUAGAAAGCUCACAUUUGGAAGUUAUCGAAUCAAUAUUGACCGGAGAAAGUCUUCCAGUCAACAAAAAUACUAAAAAAAUUUGGACAGCGACAAGGAAUCAUCCAUUGGGUGAAUGCAAGGGAAAUUCAUUCAUGUCAACUACAAUAGCCAGAGGUCGUGGUAAAGGAAUUGUGGUUAGAACUGGAAGUGACACUGAGAUUGGGAAAAUUAGUGCUGCUAUAACUUCAGUUAAACAAGUAAAAACUCCAAUCCAACGUAAAUUGUCAAAAUUAGGGAAAUGGCUUGUUUUACUUGCUUUUGUUUUGUGCAUUCUUGUUGUUAUAAUAGGAAUUGCAUAUAAACAUAAUGUAAUAACAAUGGUUUUUAUUGGUAUAAGUUUGGCCGUCUCUGUUAUUCCGGAAGGUCUAGUGGCUGUUACAACUGUAACAAUGGCUAUCGGUGUACGUCGAAUGGCAAAGCGUAGUGCAAUAGUAAGAACUUUACCGGCUGUAGAAACACUUGGUAGUGUUACAGUUAUUUGCUCUGAUAAAACAGGUACUCUUACCGAAGGAAAAAUGGGUCCAAUAGAAUUAUGGACUGCUAAUGAUUCAUUAUACACCUUCACAAAACCAACUUCUAUGGAUCCAAAUGAAGGUGAUAUUUUAUUGCUUUCUUUAAAGCAUAAUCAAAAAGCUUUUGAAUUACAUGAUGACUCAAUACAAUCACAAAAAUCGGAUAAAAUGGUUUACAAUGCAUUGAAUCCUAAAGAAAUUCCAAAAAAUCCACAAAACUUGCAACCACAUUUAAUGACUGCAUUAAUGAUUUCAUGUCUUUGUAAUAAUUCUUCUGUUACCAAAGAAAGUGAUAAUGAAUGGAAAGGUGUUGGUGAUCCAACAGAGGUAGGACUGUUACUUGCGGCACAAAAAGGUGGACUAUCAAAGGAUUACUGGGAGAAAGAUUGUGGAUUCGUUAAAAUCCAUGAAAAGGCAUUUGAUAGUGAACGUAAAAUCAUGAGUACUGUUCACAAUAUUGAAGAUACUACAUCAUUAGGACAUUCAAAACCAACAAAACUAGUACUUGUUAAAGGAGCACCAGAGGAAUUACUUCGAAAAUGUACACAUCAUCUACCAGAAGUUGAAUCAACAGAAAUAGAUUUUACAUUUGAUAUAAUUUUUGGAGAAAAAGAAGGAUGUCAACCAAAGGAAUUAUCAGAUAAAUUUAUUGAUAUUGUUUCGGAACAAAGUUCAAGAAUGGCAUCGCGAGGAUUACGAAUUCUUGGAUUAGCUUUUAAAAUUAUUUACGAUGAUACAUCUUCAUCGUCUAUAUCUUCUCAUUAUUCUGAGAAUAAUCAGGACAUACCAACAGUUAAUCCUUUAUUCGAUGAAACAGAUUUAACAUUUGUCGGUUUAAUCGGACUAAUAGAUCCACCUAAAAAAGCAGUUAAAGAGUCCAUUCGUAAAUGUAAAGAGGCUGGAAUUCAAGUUAUAAUGAUAACUGGUGAUCAUAUAGCUACAGCCACAGCAAUAGCUAAAGACAUUGGCAUUAUCGAACCAGGAGAUCCGAAUAAGAAUUUGGCAAUUCUUGGAGCUGAAUUUGAUCUACUUUCCGAACAAGCAAUAAAAGAAUUGAAUCCAUUUCCUAGUGUUUUUGCACGCGUUAGUCCUGAUAACAAACUUAAGAUCGUCCAAGCCUUACAAAGCCUUGGAAAUUCAGUAGCCAUGACUGGUGACGGAGUUAAUGAUGCACCAGCAAUUAAAGCAUCGGAUAUAGGAAUUGCCAUGGGAGUAAGCGGCACGGAAAUAACGAAACAAGCAGCAGAUAUUGUUCUAGCAAAUGAUGAUUUUUCUACAAUUGUUAUAGCAGUAGAAGAAGGCAGACACGUGUUUGACAAUAUUCUUAAAUUCAUUGUAUAUCUAUUAAGUUGUAAUGGAGCAGAAAUAAUAUUGAUGUUUAUAUGUGCGAUUAUUAAUACGGAAUUACCAUUUACAACUAUAAUGAUUUUAUUUGCAAAUAUAAUUGAGCCAGCAGAAGGGGAUUUAAUGAGACGUAAACCAAGAGAUCCAAAUUCAGGUGUACUUAACGUUUACACGACCUCUAUCUUAUUAAUGCAAGCAACAGUAAUGGCAUUAGCAACAUUUGGAGUAUACAAAAUUGGAUUAUCAAUAGAAAAUUUGGAUAUAAAAGAUGCACAAUCUUUGGCAUUUGCUACGUUAAUUACAAUGCAAUUGUUUCAAGGUUUCUUAUCUAGAACUUUAAAUGAAAGCUUUUUUAGAACACCUUUAUUUGGAAAUAAGUGGAUGAUAAUAGGAGUUUUUGGAUCAUUUGCCGCAUUAGUUAUUGGUAUAUAUAUUCCAGGAAUAAAUGAUUGGUUUUCACUAAAUCCAGUUCCAAUAUUAGGAUGGGUAAAAAUAGCAAUAUGUCUUAUAGUACUAAUAGUAUUUAGUGAGAUUGGAAAAAUCUUCAUUAGAGCAAAUCGAUCGUACUUUGAAUAUGAAAUCUCUAAUAUCUCUCAGCUAAUUCAUGCGAUUUAUGGACCCCCGUUCGCUCAUGAAUUUCGUUCUAAACAACUUUGGCAUUUGGUCAUUAAACCGCUGAAAGAUUAUUGUGUUAUAUACUUGGAGCAAGUAUCCACUCCAAAUGCAAAACAAUGUGAUGAAUUUAUGGCAAAACUUUCAAUGUGUAAUCAUAAAAUUCAUGUUAGAAGGUCGGAUGGCACUGAAAUUUUGCCGAUUAAUAAUUUAAGUAACAAAAAAGAUACUUAUAAAGUAUUCAGAAGAUCCUGUCUGAAAGAUUCUUCAAUAAUAAUCGGUAUUGAGAUGCUAAAACCUGAAUUCAGUCAAAACCCUUCUACCGCCUUCUCCUCAACCACUCCAUCUUCGUUCAACAACACAGCAAAACAAAUUUCUCCUUCAAAAAUAAAGACCAUCUGGACCGAAGAAUUGCACAAUCCUACGACUGCCGAUGUUAGAUUUGUUGUUGGUGAUCAUGAAUUAUUCGCAAGUAGUUCUAUCCUUGCAAAAAGAUCUAAAUGUUUUAAAGAUAUAUUUGAUGAAAUGAAACGUGAUACAAAAUGUGAAAUUAAUGAAAAACUCGGCAUUCGUGAAAAAGGAAAAUCCGGUAUUGGUGAAAAUGAUGAGAAACUUUCCAUUCCGGAUGAUGAAGAAAGCUGGUCUUCUUUUGAUGACACUCUUUCAAUAGCCUCUACAACUUCUUCCAAUGAAACCUUAUUCACUUCUUCCUCUAAACCUUCCUCCUUUAAAUCCCGUGAUUCCCGUGAUUUCUGUUAUGAAUUAGUAAUCUCGGAUUUUCCAUAUCAUUCUGUUCUCCAAAUGCUUCAAUUCUUAUACACCGAUGAUUUACCUUUCACUGAUAAAGUUUCUUCUAACCAAUUUUCUUCUUUCCCCUUCUCCGAUGAAAUUUAUUCACUAUAUGGUAUUGCUGAUAAAUACCAAAUAAUUGACCUAAAAUUCCAUCUCAAAAAACUUAUUCUCUGUAAUCUUAAAUUGGAAACUUGUGCUGAAAUGUUAUUCAAACACGUUUGGAAAUGGCCUGAAUUAAAACGUGUAGUUAUGCCAUUUGUUGUAAAAUACUUUGCAAAAAUUAAGUGUACGCAAGGUUAUUUAAAUAUAGUAGAAAAAUGUAAAUGUGGUGAAG